AUGCGACCACUGGCACCCCCCCUGCGUGCCGCCUUUUGCAGGCCUUCUGCGUCUGCCUACCCUUUGCACCCCCGCUCCACUUCGACCUCAUUGUGUUCCCACCCGCCGUGUGACCACUGGCACCCCCCCACACGCACCACCAUUCGCAGGCCCCCUGCUUCCGCCGGAGAGGCCUCGGUCAUCCCCUUCGGGGUUGGGGAGGGGAGAUACGGGGGCGGGGUGGUGCAGAUCCCGCUGCACUUUUCCGUUGGGGAGACCGUUGACUUCAUCCGAACGAUCGCCACCGUGGAUAGGGACUACCGUAGGGAGUUGUCGUCGCCGCUGGUGCAUUUGCCGGAGGGGGGCGGGGGGGAGGCAGCGGCUGCGGAUGGGAUGGGGUCCUCCCUGUCGAGCCGCAUUUAUGUAACCGAAAACGGCACGCUGAAGGGGUACAUCACCAUGGCCGUCCUUCUGACACACCAAUCGGAGACACCGGUGGCCGAGCUGCUGCGGGAGCUGGAAGAGAUGCUUCACGAGGGUGACAGCUGGGAGGACGCGGCCCACAGGUUGCGCCAAGCCAACGUCCUGGCGGCACCUGUGGUCGACAGCGAUGGGGUGCUGGUCGCAGUUCUCAACCCUUCCGAUCUUCUCCAGGAAAUGGAGAUAGAAGCGACGGAUGACAUUAUGCGGCAGUCGGGGUCCGGCGGAGGGGAAAGCUACUUCGGUACCCCCCUCCCAAGCCUGGUGGCCUCUCGCGUAGGGUGGCUGGUGAGCUUGCUGUGCCUUCAGUCCUUCUCCUCACUCAUCCUUCAGAGCUUCCAGAACGUCAUCGAGAAAAACAUCGUCAUAGCCCUCUUCUUGACCAUGCUCACCGGAACAGCCGGGAACGCCGGGAAUCAGAGCUCCGCCAUAGUGAUUCGAGGGCUAGCCACCGAAGAGAUCCACCAGGGGAACCGCUGGAGAGUAAUCUGGCGGGAAGCCAGGGCCGGAGUGGCCUCGGCGUGUGUGCUCUCGGUGGCAUCCUUCGUUCGAGUUCUGCUCACUCCGGGAGCCACGACGGUGGCCACGUUAGCAGUGUCUGUCGCGAUGGGUACCACCGUGGUCGGUGCAGUGAUGUUCGGGACGAUCGCGCCGAUCGUGCUCCACGGAAUGGGGGUGGAUCCGGUGAACUUUGCGUCGCCCGCCCUCGCAACGCUGACCGACGUAUCAGGGGUGUUCAUCCUCUGCUCCGUCGCCAAGCUCAUGCUCGGAGACUUGUGAAAUUGCAUGUGAUGAUUGAUACAUGCAGCAAGAAUACUGUACCUAGUUCCCGACUCGUGUGGAUCUUGGAAACCUAUUAGAGAUGAUGUAAGGGUGUGUGAAGAGGGGGAGGGAGGCGGUAUCGCAGGAGGUUUCCGAGACGCUUAUGUCUUGUGUUGCGUAGAGAAAAAGUGCGUGCUUCGACCCUACACACCCAUCGAUACGGCUUGACCAUAUAAGUGUGUCCAGGA